GUAUUAUACACUUGAAGCGAACAAAUCACGGUGGACUCCUAGAGAGAAAUCACGGCUGUAUUGAAGUCUAAUUAUUCACCUCCACGGAGAUCUUCAAAGGACUUGGAUGCCACAACUAGCCGGCCGCUUAAGAUCGAACCAUAAGGUUGAGCCUUUGAAGGUUUUGGAAACACUUCUGAUUCUGAUUCUGAUUUUGCCAACUUCGACAAAACUUCCAUAACCUCUAACGAGAAGCAAAAGCAAAAGCAAAGAAGGAACUGCUCGUACCUUCUUUCCAUAACUUGCAAAGAAAAGCAAUAACGAUAUAAUCUUCAACCUCCUCAAACAUGUCCUUUACCAAAGAAAGGGGCUACGAUCCCGAAAUCGCCCAAGGCCAAACCACCACCUCCUCCGACCAAGACCUCCCUUUCACCCCCAAAGAAAUCGCCAUCCACACCUCCUCCCUCCAAGAAGGCAGUACGUGGUAUUCCAAAGCCCACCGCUAUACGAGCCGAUUCGGCGUCGAAUCCCGCGGCAUCGAACGAGUCCCGAGCGAUGAGCGUAGUACUGCCGGUAUGAGCCAGAUCGGCACACUAUGGCUAUCAGCCAACUUGGUAGUUUCCUCUUUUGCGCUUGGGGCUUUGAGUUAUCCUAUCUUUCAUCUGGGGUUUGUGGAUACGAUUUUGAUUAUUCUGUUUGUGAAUUUGGUCGGGGUCAUGCCGGUGUGUUUCUUCUCAAUGUUUGGUCCCAGGUUUGGCUUGAGACAGAUGGUAUUGAGUAGAUUUUAUUUUGGAUGGUAUGGGGUGAAGAUUAGUGAGUUUGCACUCCUUUUUUUUUCAUUCUCGAGGUUUGGUAAGAGGAGCAUACUGAUAUAUCUCCAGUUGCAAUCUUCAACAUCCUUGCGUGUAUCGGUUGGUCUGCUGUCAACGUAAUAGUUGGUGCGCAACUCUUCAACGCUGUUAAUUCUAGCAUGCCAGGCUGGGCCGGCGUAAUAGUCAUCGCUACCGCUACCUUUAUUGUUACGCUAUUCGGCUACAAAAUUGUACAUACCUACGAACGCUACUCAUGGAUCCCGUGCCUCAUAAUAUUCCUCAUCGUACUUGGAGAAUUUGCCCACAGUGGCCGAUUUUCCAAUAUCCCCAUCGGCGUGGGAAAAUCCGAAGCAGGAGCAUGUCUCUCCUUCGCUGCAAGUAUCUUUGGUUUUGCCACGGGCUGGACCAGCUAUGCGGCAGACUACACAGUAUACCAACCUGCCGAUCGCAGCCGAAAGUCCGUAUUCCUUUGGACGUUCGCGGGUUUGAUAUUUCCUCUCCUGUUUACCGAAAUGCUGGGCGCGGCUGUUGCUACAGCUAUGUCUGCUAACGGUGGAGAUAACGUAUUUAUGACCAACUACACCAGCUCUGGAAUCGGAGGUCUGCUCUCCUCAGUACUCGUGCCCCCUCUUGGGAGGUUCGGAGAAUUCUGCAUUGUUGUCCUCGCUCUCUCUAUCAUAGCAAAUAAUUGCCCAAACAUCUAUUCCGUGUCUCUAUCCCUGCAAGUUCUUUCCUCUGCCACCGCACGUGUACCACGCUUCGUUUGGACAUUCAUCGGAACGAUUAUCUACUGCGCGGUUGCCAUUCCAGGCUACGGAAACUUUGCGUCCGUGCUGGAGAACUUCAUGCUCGUGAUCGCGUACUGGCUAGCGAUCUAUGAAGGGAUCUCACUCUCUGAACAUAUAUUCUUCAAGAGAGGAUUCGAGGGAUAUAGACCGGAGAAUUACAUGGAUGCGAGUCGACUGCCCCCGGGAAUCGCGGCAACGGUAGCAUUUCUCUUUGGGGUCAUGGGCGCAGUAUUAGGGAUGGCACAGGUGUGGUUCACAGGACCCAUUGGAAAGCUCUGCGGCAUGGACUAUGGAGGGGAUGUAGGAUUUGAGCUAGCCUUUGCUUUUUCGGCAAUUUCAUAUUGCGGGCUGAGAUGGGUGGAGAUUAGGAAGUUUGGUAGAUAAGGCCUGACCGGAGUUGGUAUAUGUACAUAACAUGACAUGAUAUGAUUUAGGAUAUGAUGGAGGAUUUUUUGUUUAU